GGGGGUUUGAAUGAAAGACAAGACAAACCUUAAACACCAUGUCACUCUGUGAGGGAGACAGCGGCAACUAAGCUGGAGGAAGCUUCUUUUCUUUUCUCCCCCCCCCCUUUUUUUUUCUUUUUUCCUUUUUUUCUCCUUUUGGUGGUGGAAGAGAGAAACAGAAAGAAAGAAAGAGCAAGAGAGGGAGAGACACACACAGAGAGGGAAGCAGGUCUGCAGCUCGGAGUUUACAGUCUUCCAGAUUCCUGUACCAGGACUUCCCACCCCCCCUGCCCUGCCCUCCAAACGGGGGAAAUUGACAUUACUACAGACCAGCCUGUUACGGGAGGAAAAGCCCCGGAUCAUAACUGAAGGGGGACAGGGGCGGGCAGGGGUUCAAGGCAAGAUUUGGCGGGGUGAAAGUGGGGGAUUUUUUUUCCUGCCCCCGACUUUUUCUCUCCCUCUUUUGAAAUUCUUGCUGUGUUGGAACUAGCGAGCAGUCUAAAGACAAGGAAGUCUUGGAGUUUCAUCAGUCAUCACCACUGUCAGGAAUAGUGUUUUUGAGAAAGAAAGGCCCGGGGCACUACACCCUGCCAACCGAGUUCCCCUGCAUCGGAGAUAAAGAUUCCAGCUACAUGGGCAAACGUUUGGAGCAACCACAAAUGUACCCUCAGUACACUUACUGCUAUCCUCACUAUCUCCAAACCAAGCAGUCCUACGCACCAGCGCCCCACCCCAUGGCUCCCCCCAGCCCCAGCACAAACAGCAGCAGCAACAACGGCAGCAGCAGCAACAGCGGGGAGCAGUUGAGUAAAACCAACCUGUACAUCCGGGGCCUUCCGCCCGGCACCACGGACCAGGACCUCAUCAAGCUGUGCCAGCCGUAUGGAAAAAUUGUUUCCACAAAGGCAAUUCUUGACAAAAACACAAAUCAAUGCAAAGGUUAUGGCUUUGUAGAUUUUGACAGUCCCGCUGCAGCACAGAAAGCGGUAGCAUCUCUCAAGGCCAAUGGCGUACAGGCACAGAUGGCCAAGCAACAAGAACAAGACCCCACAAAUCUAUACAUCUCCAAUUUACCCAUUUCCAUGGACGAGCAGGAAUUGGAGAACAUGCUGAAACCAUUCGGCCAUGUCAUUUCCACCAGAAUAUUGAGAGACGCCAAUGGAGUCAGCAGAGGUGUUGGAUUUGCCAGGAUGGAGUCGACUGAAAAAUGUGAAGUGGUAAUUCAACAUUUUAAUGGGAAAUACCUGAAAACACCACCAGGAGUACCAGCCCCCACUGAGCCUUUGCUGUGUAAAUUUGCAGACGGAGGGCAGAAAAAGCGUCAGAAUCAAGGCAAAUACACACAGAAUGGAAGGCCCUGGCCAAGGGAAGGAGAGCCUGGCAUGGCAUUGACCUAUGACCCCACAGCUGCUAUACAGAAUGGAUUUUAUUCUUCACCGUACAGUAUUGCAACAAACCGCAUGAUUCCACAGACAUCUAUCACGCCAUUCAUUGCUGCUUCCCCCGUGUCCACAUAUCAGGUCCAGAGCACUUCAUGGAUGCCUCACCCACCCUACGUUAUGCAGCCAACAGGUGCUGUGAUAACACCAACAAUGGACCACACUAUGUCAAUGCAGCCAGCAAGCAUGAUGGGCCCCCUGACGCAACAGAUGAACCAUCUUUCCUUGGGCACGACGGGAACGCGCCCCGGGACCAAGAACCAGUCACCCCACCCUAGUUAUGGCUCUGCAUAUAUGUAUAUGACUGCGGCUGCACCUAUGCAAGGGACCUACAUUCCCCAGUACACUCCUGUGCCUCCAACAGCCGUCCCUAUAGAAGGUGUUGUUGCUGAUACCUCUCCCCAGACAGUUGCACCUUCAUCGCAGGAAGCCAGUGCCCAACAACAGCAGAUAGCAGUGGAAACAUCCAGUGAACAUACGCCUGCAUAUUCCUACCAACAGUCUAAACAAUAAACAGGACUGAAGAAUGUCGAUCUGAAAACUUUGCCUUGAAUGGAGAAACUUCAUUGAACAAGGAGUUGGCUUCCAGUUUGCACAGGCGUCAACCGAAUGCUUUUUUUUUUCAUUUUCUACUUUACCCAAUGAAAAAAAAAACCCAAGUGUUUUUAUGUGCUGUGCGAAAGGUUCCGUCAUGUAGUCUGACAGUUUUAUUUUUGCUAUAAUUUUUUUUAAUUAAAGAAAAAACCCAGAGGGGGAAAAAAAACAUAAACACUGGGGGUUGACAUUUCAUCUGGAUGAACAUUCGGAUUCAGAAUUUACCUGAAGGUGUAGAUAGAUUUUUUUUUUAAAAAAACAACAUCAAAUCUGAUGAUGUCAAGAGGGAGCGAGCUGAGAUGAAAACCUUGUCUUCCUCAAUAAUUAAGCUACUUUCUCUUUUUUUCCCUUCUUUAACUCUAGUGCAUUGGUUUUUUUUAAAUUUUUUUCUUAGAAAUGUUUAGGUAAGGUUUAUCUUGAAUCUUAAUUGCCUUAAUUUUAAGGACGUCAGAGGCUCUCCAGGCAAGCUGUCCACGUCUUGUUAGAAAAAAAACGGAGAAGGAAAUUUGAAAAGACUGCUUUGAGCCAGCUUCAACUGGUGCAGAAGUUUAAUAGACUCUGAGUUUUUAGGGUGAAAAAAAUAAACUGUACAGUUGAAAAGAAAAUGUUUUUCUUCGUUUGAAGAAAAUUUGUUGAUAAAGGAACCGUGGCAACUGCAAGGAUUAGAAAAAAAUGCUGGGACUUUUCAUGAACUUUGUCUUAAGUGUUGACAGGAAUCAUUCUAGAAAGGAAACGUGAUCGACAGGAAAGUUAUUGACAUUGGUUCAAUCAAAUGGCUGCAUUCGAAAUGAUACGGGAUUUGGGGGGGGCAGGAUGCAGAUUUUUUUUUUUAUUUCCAAGGCGUGAUCGCUGACAAAAGCCCUUGUGCUUUUUACCUGCAGUCUUUUUUAUGAGCGUUAAGAAGUUUUUAGUCAGCUUUGCUUGUCACAUUGCAAAACCUAGCUUAAGAGCAUUAAAAAAAAAAAAAAGAAAAAAAACUUAAGUAGAUAGGAGCUUAUGGUCAAAAAAAGUGCAAAAAAAAAGCAAUAGAUAGAAGAAAUUGUUGACAAUUUCUGUAGUCUUUCCUAGUUGUGAUCAAAUGCAGCCUAUGGAUGGCCUAUUUUAUACCAAAGAUGAAGUGACAUCCUAACGCAGUCCAGAAGAUAGAGGUUUUCUUUUGUGUUUUUUUCUUUUUUUUUUUCCUCUUCUUUAAAAAAAAAAUCUUUAUUUGACCUACAUGGCCGGACCAGUUCUUAUUUUCAUGUUUGUUUAACCUAUAUUCCACUGGUGUUUUACAUACUGCAGAGUUUAUAAAGAAAAUUGCACAUUAGUUGGGCUUAGGAACCCCAGACCUGUUGGGUUCAGUUGAGAAUCAGAACAGGACAAGAUCCAGGUACCAACUAAUGUUACCGAAAAGGCUUUCAUUUCAAUGAGCUUUUCGCCUACGCUCUUGUACAGCGCAAUCCAUAGUGGGGGCCACCUCUAUUAGGAGGCAUUUGCCUAUAAGGCUGAAUUUUCUUUCUGUGCAUGUUGGACUAUAAACUCCUCUGGGGAGCAAAUAUUUCAAAAGGUCACCUCUCCCCUUCCCCCCUCCCUAAAAAAGUCUGUGGAAUGGUAGGUGGUCUCCUUAAAGAAUGUCUCAUUGUCUUCGUAAAGAAAGUCUUCCUUCUGAAUUCUGUCACCCCUUUGGUUCAUCUGCUCAUCUCAUCCAGCUUAGGUAGCAACUUUGAUUCUGAAAUUAAGAGAAAGAGGAGGCAGAGUUGCCUCCCUUCUAAUUUUUUUUAUUGCAUCUUUGAAGGCUAUGGUUGCCAGAAAAAAAGGGGGAAAAUUGGACUUUUUUCUCAAUUUAACUUUCCUGGGCAGGUAGGAAUAUUAAAAAUAAGGGGUUUUUUUCCUAAUGGAAUUCUGGAUAAGCUCUUAAUAUGCUGGUUGACAAUCAAAAGUUAGUAUGAUUUAAGAAAACAAAAACCAAAAGGACCGGGUCCUAGAGAUCAGCUAAGCCAAAGGAGUUGGUGGAUGCCCAAUUAGGUCCAAAAGAGAAUGCAGUUUCAUUAAUGAGACACAAUUGUACAUGGUUCUUUGAAGACAUCCAUGGGAAAUCUGCAAUGUUUUACCGGAAAUCCAGGGCGUGAAAUGUUGUUAAUUGAGAAGAGUUUGGUAGUAGUACUGUUUUCUGAAUGAGACACUGGAUCAAAGAAUUAGUGGAUGGGCUAGAAGACAAAAAUAAGUUACUGAGUCAAAGGAAUGAGUUAUAAUGAGGUCAUUUUGUAUAACUACUAUGAAAAAGGAAACUAUUAAUUUAAGAGAAAAAGAAGUCAAUCAUAUCCCAAUGAAAUCCACUUAAAUAAAAACUGUGGUUCUGAAAUUGAUCUGAAGUUCUCAUGAAAGAAAUGCAAAAAUGAUUUCAAGUAAUGGUGCUUCCCUAUAUCUUAAUUUUAAUUUUUAAUUUGAGGGAAAAGACCCCUUGAAUAAUUGGCUUCUAUAAUCCAAUUCAACACUCAUUACAGAGAGAAGAAGCCACUACCUGUUUGUCCCUACUAUCUUAUAAUAUUUCCAUAGGUUAAGGGGGUGGGGUCCCUCUAGGUUUCCCCUUCAUUUGUUACCUUCUCUCUGAGGUUUGUACUUUUUUUUUUCUUUUGGCAUUUUGUAGAUGGCACCAACUUGGGUUUUAUCAUUGUAGAGUUGCCCGUAGAGAGCUACAAAGAAUCCUUCAAACCAGUUCUAUUUAUUUUCUUCUUCCCAUUCUUCAAAACUCCUUGUAUAAUUAUGGAUUCUCCCUGAGAAUAAUUGAAUUGGAUAAAAAGCAACUUAAUUUUAUUCUAUUUCCUUAUAAAUCCUUGUGACACAAAGAAAAGUCUCAUUUGCUUUGGAUAAUGAGAUUCCAAGGUAGCUACCAUGUGGCUGAUGAAUAUGCUGAGGUCACUUCCUAUUUCUAUUCAAAACCCUGAUGUCUAAUUUAUAUCUUUAGAAGUUGUUGGGUUUUCGUUUUGCUUUCUUUUGUUUUCCCCAGCAAUUGAAAAGUAAAAUAAUUUUUUUUUUAUUAAGCCAAUUGGGGCAAAAGGCAAUCACCCCACCAAACAUUUUGACCACUGCCAUGUAUUUAUUUUGUGUUCAAAUUGUUUAAUCUGUGCCACACUGUCAAAGUUCUCAUCUCAUACCAAAAAGGAAAGGGAAAAUAUUUCUUCUCUAUAUAUGAGUUAGCUCACCCUUCUCCAUCCUCUGGCCGAUGAAUUUUCUCAAGUGUUAAACCAAACCUGAAAUAUAGCAGCAUACACAGGUAGGCAACAGUAAAUUCCUAGGACAGGUGCUAUUUGAGAGGGAAAAACACACACAAGCAAACCAACCUGGCUGUGUUUGCUUGGAAAUAGUGGUAAAUGGAAGGAACCCUGAUAAGCUUAUAAACUUUACUGCAGAGAUGGUAAAAUUCUUUAAGAACACCAUUGUCUAAAAACAAAGUCAAUGUCCUAUAUGCUAUGGGUCAAUAGAGUUUCUGCAUUUGGCCUGCUAUUUCAGUUGUCCAAUUGGUCUUACAUAUCAAUGCCAGGAGAUUCCUGAUUGAAUGAUAGUUACUUAAAGUCUUUGGGCAAGAGAGUCUGACCUUAAAAUAUGGGAACAAACUAAAAUCAAUAAACCAUACUCCAUAAAUAUUUGUUGUCACAUUCAAACUGUAGUCAACAGUCAGUGGAACACAAAUGAAUAUUUUUUUUUCACAAAGAUGAGAGGUUGUCAGAGGGAAAAUGUAUAUGAUAACUAGGAUCUUCUAAAUAUCUCCUUAUAGAGGAAAUAUGAGGUCACAGAAGGAUUAUAAGGCAACUGAAUAUGCAAACAAGCGGUGGUAACAGAGGCUGCCUUGGGACUCUUAGAAUUCCUGAUUAUAUAUAAAAUCUGAAUAUACUAGUUGACUAAAGGAUUUCCAACCAGUUGUUGGCUAGAUUCUGUUUGUCUAGAAUGUUGGUGCCAGUCUUCAUUAGAAUUCUUGCCAAGGCUCUUGCACAUGCAUAAAAAUGGUGGCCCAUUUUGAGUAGCCCCCAUUAUAUGAAAUGUGGAUUUCAGGGGAACUUGAUUCAAUCUGGACACCCAGGGUAUAAUAUCUUCCUGUUUUUUUUUCAGUAGAUUAAAUGGAUUCAUUGGAACAGAUUAAAUGACUAACAAAGCUAGACAUAUGUUUUUAAAGAAAAAAAAUGUUUUGUUCUAAAGUGGGUAUAUGAACCAUUGCAGAAAAGGAGAGCUAUUCAGGAAAGAAAAUCUUUAGUAAGUGUUAAAUGGUUUUUAUAUGAGCAAAAAUAAAAUGAAGGGAGAUUAUUUAUGUAUGUGUGUACCAACAUGCAGCCCGUUUGAGGAAACCUCCAUUGUAAUAAAACCUAUUUUUAAUAUGUCAUAGUAUUUUGACCUAUAUUAUGUUGUCUAGGGCAGGAAAGGAUGAAAUUUGGAUUUGGAUUUCAUAGCUAGUCCAGUGUGCAUCAGUUAAACUCAGCUGGGCUGGCAAGUUCUUACUGAAUAUUAAAGGAGGAGUUGGAUGACAAAAUUUUCAUAGGCUCAUUGCCCCAGUCCUCCCAGUUGUCCAUCCUGCAUCCAGACUGUAGUGAACUUAAGAGUAAUGAAUCUAUCUAUCUUGAUGGUGACACCAAAUAUGGUUUUGGAAAAGACUUGGGUUUCAGUCAAUCUCAACUGGAAUUUGUUGUCAAAAAUUUUCCUCAAGGUAAAAUUGUUCCUAUCAUUGAGCUCUUGGUCAGGGAUGGUUCCAGUGGUUGGUCUAUUGUUCAUGGUACUUUGUGCAAUGAGAGUGCAAAAGUCUAACACCAAGCCCAGUGAGUGUUCAUUAGCUUCUACUUAGUGCACCUACCCCCUCCCAUCAGGUUUAAUGAUUUCUUUUGUUUGAACUUGAUGCUUAUACAUAAAUGCCACUGCCAGGGAUGGAUAAUGUCAGCAAUGCCCUUUGGUUCCCUAUCAUUCCUAAUUCAGUAUAUAGUAGAGAUAUAGUAUAGGAGGAAGCCACUUCAAGUCCUCCAGAAAACAUCACCUCUAUACGAUCACCACCAUUUCCCACAUCAGUUAGUCCACCCUGGUCUGCCCAGCCACUGAUCACAUUCACUGCUGAGGCUUACUGCCAUGAUUUCUGAUUGUACAAAGGAAUCCAUUCAUCCUCAGUUCCUUCCGUCCACCCUUGGGCAACGGCGCUGUUCAUUGUACUACCUCCAGGGAAUGGUGGAUAAUGAAACAGAAAGGAGGUAAAAAUGAAAUCAGUCCAAUUUACUACUCAUCAAAUCAUCUGAUAACAUGUUAGGUUGACAUCUUUGGUUACAAUGAGGUAUAUUGGGUUUAUCUGCGACUUUCAUUUACCCAACCCAUCUUGUCCCUAUUCACCACAAUUUGUGGAAAGCUAACUAGAGUCUUUGAAGAUGAUCAAUGGGGGAGAAAGGUGCUAAAAGCAGAGAUGUUGAUUUGGCUUCCCUCACUGUUGUCAUUUCUUUGACAUCUCUAUACUUUUGACCAGGACAAAAAUGAAUUGGUUCACUUAUCAGAGAGUGGAACAUCAACUGUUGGGCCAAUAGGCCUCAAAUUUUAAAUCUCUAAGAAGGAUGUGCUUAGUUUUUGUGCUUUGAAUGACUUUUCCUUCCUGUAUCAUGGCACAAUGGUUCCCAUAGUCUGGUAGAUGUUAACAAUAGCUUCAAAUGGAAAUAAUGCCUACUUUUUUUUUAAUUUUCGAGUUGGGCAUCUUCUCAGCUCCUUGGUAACAGAAUAUUGCUAAAGGUGCUUUGUCUCACAUUAUAAAAUUUUUUUCAUUCUAAUUCUUUAGCAGAAAAAAAAUGGGCUAGUUCCUAGGCAUCAAGGAGUCACUUAGAAAAUGCAUCCCUCUUCAAAGGGAGGGAAAGAAAAACAGUAAAACAGAACAACAAUCCUCUGUGUAUGAGAAAAUCCAUGGAUAUAAUUGGAACCAUAAAGCUAAGAAUAAGCAAACAAAAAACAUGCUUGAUGUGUUGAUGAAAAAUUAGCUUCUAUUAGAAUGGGACAUGGCUUCUUUAAAGAAUCUUUGCAGACCUCAUGGUAACCAAAUCCUAGGCCAUUGAACCUCUGAAUGCCAUUCAGUUAUGAACCUUAUUUAUCAAAGAGCAUUUUUGUCCUGCUGUCUCUGAUUGUCAUGGAAAGUUCUGUAAUGCUAAGGUGUUUCAGGUUUUCUUUUUUUCUUUUUUUUUUCUUUUUCUUACUUUAUUUUUCCAUUUGUACCACAGUCCGACUAGCUACCAUUUCCCCCACUCCUUGGGCUUUCUGUAGAUCAGUGGAUGUUAGGUUUAAACUUCUGUUUUCUUUGAUGAAGCUUUCAAUAAAAAAUGAAAACAAAACCAGA